UGGGCCGGGGACGCGAGGCGGAGCGGGGCCCCACACAGGCCGCGGCGGCUGGCUCGGGCCCCUACGGUCCCGGCGGCUGGAGGAGGAAGCCAGGCGGCUGGCGGAGGAGGCGCGGAGGAGGCCGAGCGCUCGCCGAAGACUCGUUUCCCCGGUCAGCAGGGAAAGGUUCCUAGGAGGUGAGUGCGGACGGUAUGCAAAGUUGUGAAUCCAGUGGCGAAAGUGCGGAUGACCCUCUCAGUCGUGGCCUGCGGAGAAGGGGACAGCCUCGCGUGGUGGUGAUUGGUGCUGGCUUGGCUGGCCUGGCUGCAACCAAAGCGCUUCUGGAACAGGGCUUCACAGAUGUCACUGUGCUUGAGGCUUCCAGCCGCAUUGGAGGCCGCGUGCAGAGCGUGAAACUCGGACACGCCACCUUUGAGCUGGGAGCCACCUGGAUCCAUGGCUCCUACGGGAAUCCUGUCUAUCAUCUAGCAGAAGCCAAUGGCCUCCUGGAAGAGACAACUGAUGGGGAGCGCAGCGUGGGCCGCAUCAGCCUCUACUCCAAGAAUGGCGUGGCCUGCUAUCUUACCAACCGCGGCCGCAGGGUCCCCAAGGACGUGGUUGAGGAAUUCAGCGAUUUAUACAACGAGGUCUAUAACUUGACCCAGGAGUUCUUCCGGCAUGGUAAACCAGUCAAUGCAGAGAGUCAGAACAGCGUUGGGGUGUUCACCCGGGAGGAGGUACGCAACCGCAUCAGGGAUGACCCUGACGACCCGGAGGCCACCAAGCGCCUGAAGCUCGCCAUGAUGCAGCAGUACCUGAAGGUGGAGAGCUGUGAGAGCAGCUCACACAGCAUAGACGAGGUGUCCCUGAGUGCCUUCGGAGAGUGGACCGAGAUCCCUGGCGCCCACCACAUCAUCCCUUCAGGCUUCAUGCGGGUGGUGGAGCUGUUGGCCGAGGGCAUCCCAGCCCACGUCAUCCAGCUGGGGAAGCCUGUCCGUUGCAUUCACUGGGACCAGGCCUCGACCCGGCCCCGGGGUCCUGAGAUCCAGCCUCACGAUGAGGAUGACCACAAUCUUGACACCAGGGAGGGCAGCCCGAGUGGAGAGAGUUCCCAGGGGUGUGGUUGGGAGGAAGAGGAGCAGUGGCCGGUGGUGGUGGAGUGUGAGGACUGCGAGGUGAUUCCCGCGGACCAUGUGAUUGUGACCGUUUCCCUGGGAGUGCUCAAGAGGCAGUACACCAGCUUUUUCCGGCCAGGCCUGCCCAUGGAGAAGGUAGCCGCCAUCCAUCGCCUGGGCAUCGGCACCACUGACAAGAUCUUCCUUGAAUUUGAGGAGCCCUUCUGGGGUCCCGAGUGCAACAGCCUGCAGUUUGUGUGGGAGGACGAGGCCGAGAGCCGCACGCUCACCUACCCACCAGAGCAGUGGUACCGCAAGAUCUGUGGCUUUGAUGUCCUCUACCCGCCGGAGCGCUAUGGCCACGUGCUGAGUGGUUGGAUCUGUGGCGAGGAGGCCCUUGUCAUGGAGAGGUGUGACGACGAGGCGGUGGCGGAGAUCUGCACGGAGAUGUUGCGGCAGUUCACAGGGAACCCCAACAUUCCAAAACCUCGGCGAAUCCUGCGCUCCGCCUGGGGUAGCAACCCUUAUUUCCGAGGUUCUUAUUCAUACACACAGGUGGGCUCAAGUGGGGCAGAUGUGGAGAAGCUGGCCAAGCCGCUGCCCUACACGGAGAGCUCCAAGAUGGCGCAUAGAAGCACCACAAAGCAGCAGCCUGGUCACCUUUUAUCAUCCAAGUGCCCAGAACAGUCCCUGGACCUUAAUAGGGGCUCCAUAAAGCCCAUGCAGGUGCUGUUCUCGGGCGAGGCCACCCACCGCAAGUACUACUCCACCACCCACGGUGCUCUGCUGUCUGGCCAGCGCGAGGCUGCGCGUCUCAUUGAGAUGUACCGAGACCUCUUCCAGCAGGGGCCCUGAGGGCUGUGCGUCCCUUCCAGAGCCACUAACUCAGGAUGCUGGCCCCUGCCCUUGCCCUUGUGUGCUCCUAGCUUCCUAAUCUUCUGUAGCGUGGAUUUCGACCUUUCAUAGAGCUAGAUACCUAGCUGGCUUCAGCCCUGGUCCUGUAGCUUUUUCUUCCCCUCCAGACCAGGUGGCAACCAGACAGGGCAGUGGAUUUACCUCUGUGCCAGGACACUGACCUCCUAUUCCUGUCCUCCUGCCACCCCCACCCCUGUUACUGCAAGUGCCUUCAAUACUUUGCAUUUUGGGAUAAUAAAAGAGGUGACCCUUUCUGA